UUAAUGUUUCAAUUAUUUAAAAAUCGUUGAAGGUGGUCGCCCCCUCUCCCUCUAUUUAACCGCCAAACUCAACCCUACAAAAAUCCCCCCUUCCAACUGCAAACAAAUCUCUCUCUCUCUCUCUCUCUCUCAUAGCAUUAAAAUGGUGCCAUCUCCGGCUCCUCUGCGCACGAAGAAAACCCGGGCCGUGGGAGUUCCGGUGAUCGAUUUCAGGCAGGAGAGAUCGAAAGUCACCGGAUUAAUCCUGCAAGCGUGCCAGGACUUCGGAUUUUUCCAAGUCGAAAACCACGGAAUCUCCCAAGAGAUCAUCUCGAGAGUGGAAAGCGAGGGCCGCAAUUUCUUCGCCAAAGCUGCAUGCGACAAGCAACGCGCCGGCCCGCCCACGCCCUUCGGCUACGGCUGCAAGAACAUCGGAUUCAACGGCGACAAAGGCGAGCUCGAAUAUCUCCUGCUCGAGGCCAAUUCUCUCUCCAUUUCUCGUAGAUCCAAAUCCAUCUCUUCCGAUCCCAACACCUUCAGCGGCGCAGUGAAUGAUUACAUAGAAGCAGUUAGGAAGAUGACAUGCGAGAUUCUAGAAAUGGUGGGUGAAGGCCUGUGGGCCCAGGAUAAAUCUAUUUUUAGUAAGCUUAUCGAAGAUGGAAGCAGCGAUUCCUGCUUCCGGAUCAAUCACUAUCCUUCAGUCAAUGCCGCUGCCGACAUCGACGACGAUGAUUGGCGGACUCACCCCAAACCGUUGGACGACCCGUCCAAGAUCCGGAUCGGGUUCGGCGAGCAUUCGGACCCCCAGAUCCUCACCAUCCUCAGAUCCAACAACGUCGCGGGCCUCCAGAUCCUCUCCGGGGACGGGUUGUGGGUCCCCGUCCCGCCCGACCCGCACAACUUCUGCGUCUUCGUCGGCGACGCCUUUCAGGCCCUCACCAACGGCAGAUUCACGAGCGUGCGGCACAGGGUGGUGGCGCGCUCGGCCAAGGCGAGGAUGUCGAUGAUGUAUUUCGCGGCGCCGCCUCUCGCCGCCACCAUCUCGCCCAUGCCGGAGCUGCUCUCCGCCCAAAAUCCGAGUAUUUAUAGGGCCUUCACGUGGGGGGAGUAUAAGACCACCGCUUAUUCAUUGAGAUUGGCAGAUCAUCGUCUCGACCUCUUUAGAAAAUAAAAAUUAAUCAACAUUUUAGUAUUUAUUUAGUAGUAAUUAAUUAUAUUUUGGUGUUUCGGUUUCAAAGCUUUGAAGUAAUUAAGAGGGGCGGGUGUAGUUGCACAUGUACAUGUUCUAUACAAAACUUUUAGUUUUUGUGCAACGGUUUUAAUUAUAUAUAUAGAAGGUAAUUAAGUUUUGAUGUGA